AUGACUUUCAGGAGCGGGCGAUUGCUACCACAGUCUAUGGAGAAGCACCUCGACCAGAAGAGGAAGUGUGGCUGGGCGGCGAGUGAGAUGCCGGGCGGUGUGCGGCUCAGCCUGAUUCUGUCGGCGCGCAGCGGCCCCGCGGUCUCCCGCUUGCCCCCGAUCCAAUAUGACCAGGCUGACCAGCGCUCGUGCCUCAUCUGUGGCGACCGUGCCACCGGUCUGCACUAUGGCAUCAUCUCGUGCGAGGGCUGCAAGGGCUUCUUCAAGCGCAGCAUCUGCAACAAGCGCGUCUACCGCUGCAGCCGCGACAAGAACUGCGAGAUGUCGCGCAAGCAGCGCAACCGCUGCCAGUACUGCCGGCUGCUCAAGUGCCUGCAGAUGGGCAUGAACCGCAAAGCCAUCAGGGAGGAUGGGAUGCCAGGAGGGAGAAACAAGAGCAUUGGGCCAGUACAGAUCUCGCACGAGGAGAUAGAGCGCAUCAUGACAGGUCAGGAGUUCAAGGAGGACGCGGGCCUGGCGGAACACACCUGGAGCAACAACGGCGACAGUGACCACAGCUCCCCCGACAACGGCGUCUCCGAGGGCAACCACCCCUCCCCCAUCUCCACCCUCUCCUCCAGCCGUUCGCUGGAGAUCAACGGCUACUCCACGUCCUACAGGGACCAGUACAUGGGCACGCCGGUGCCUGCGCACUACCAGUUCCUCCCGCACCUUUUCGGCUACGGCACCCAGACCAGCCUGCUGCCCGCGCCGGCCCGCAGCCUCUACCCCCAGUCCCAGACCCUGGUCUCCCAGCUGGUGGUGGCAGAGGACCUGGCACCCCUCGCCACGCCCAUGCUGAUCGAAGAGGGGUACCGCGUGACCCAGGUGGAGUUGUUUGCGCUGCUGUGCCGGCUGGCGGACGAGCUGCUGUUCCGCCAGAUCUCCUGGAUCAAGCGGCUGCCGUUCUUCUGCGAGCUGCCCAUCGAGGACUACACGCGGCUGCUCAGCGCCUCCUGGCAGGAGCUCAUCCUGCUGGCCAGCCUCACCGUCUACAGCCCCCAGGUCUUUGGGGACCUGGCUGACGUCACCUCCAAAUACACGCCCAGCGACGAGGAGCUGCAGGGGUUUAGCGAGGACAGCAUGGAGGUGAUGGAGAGGCUCAUCUACUUCUUCCGGAAGUUUCACCAGCUGAAGAUCAGCAAUGAGGAGUACGCCUGCAUGAAAGCCAUCAACUUCCUAAACCAAGAUAUCCGGGGCCUGAGUAGCGUGUCCCAGGUGGAGCAGUUGAAUAAGCGCUACUGGUAUGUGUGCCAGGACCUGACUGAGAGCAAGUACCCGCACCAGCCCAAACGCUUCCCCGAGAUCAUGAUGUACCUGCCCGAGAUCCGCUGCAUCGCAGGUAAGAUGGUGAACAUCCCCCUGGAGCAGCUUCCCCUGCUCUUCAAAGCGGUGCUCCACUCCGUCGGCAGCGUCGGCAGCCUGAGCAGCACAGUGUCCUCCUCCCCAGGCCUGACCACAACCCGACCCACCAUGGGGAACUGAGCCCACGGCACGCCUCCUGGAAACCCGCCGUCCCAGAAGGAGGAACGGGUUGGAGGCUGUACUGGGUGUGAGGGGAGAUGGAAAGAUGCCUAUCCACUCUCCCCCCACCACUACACUCCAACCCCUUGACAGCUUAUUCUGUGAAUGUGGCAAGCAGCUGUGGU